CUUCAAUUGAAGGGUUUGGCCUAGAGUGCUUUCAAAAGUUUCCAGUUGGAGCCUUAUAAGAAUAUUGAUGUCUAUGAAAAUGACUGAUGAAAUGAAGCAAACUUUUCUGAAAGUGCUAAAGAACCAUACAGAUUAUACAAAGAUCAUAAUAGAUCGGCUUCGAAAUCGAGACAGUGAGGUGGUAAAUUACGAUGACUACUAUUUUGUCUCUGAAGAUGACUACAACAUGGAGGUAGAAACGUAUCAGAGUGAACAGCCACAUGAUGCUUCCUGGUACGGGUUGGUCGUUGGAGUUCCUUUGGCCAUAGUGUUUGCGAUUGUGAUUGGCAUAUUAGGUUAUAUAUUCUACAAAAGAAGAAGAAACGGGUGCGACUACAGGGCCGCAGCUACACAUUGAUAUAGAA